AUGCACCGCCCAGCACCACCGGGCAGUCCAGCCAAUGAUGACGUCUCCUCGGACGAGGAAGACGAGAUGCCACCACCGGAAGCCGCAGAAGCCGAGGACCAAGGUCUGGAUGACCUACACCCCGGCCGGCCAAUAGAGCCAGCGGCACUCCAAGUCGGGGCUCAGGACCAGGACGGUCCACACCUCGACCGGCCAACAGAAACAGAGCCACGACUACCCCAUACCGAGGCCCAAGACCAGGACGGUCUCCACCCCGGUCGGCUAAUAAAGCCAGCCAGCCAACCAGGACGGCAACCUACGGACCAUGGACGGGUCCAACGUCUGGAUGACGACCGCCCUCCAUGUCCACUGAUAGCCUACCCUGAGGCAACACCAGGCCCUAGCCAUGCUAGGCCACAUGCAAACCCCCGAGCCAGCCACCACCCGCUUAUAAUUCCAACCAGCCAACCGGGACGGCAACCUACGGACCAUGGACGGGUCCAACGUCUGAAUGACGACCGCCCUCCAUGUCCAUUGAUAGCCUACUCUGAGGCGACACCAGGCCCUAGCCAUGCUAGGCCACAUGCAGAGACCAAACCCCCUGCCAGGGGCCUUUUUGAACGGCAGGCUACGGCGCACUCGACGUCCAGUCCGCAGUCCGACCGCUAUUCAUUAAAUAACCGCCGAUGUGACGUCACCGCGACCCUACGUCGUAGUUGGGGGCCGUCGAAGACGAUCCCCAUCGCGGUUUCGUUUGCCCUGCUAGCCCCGCGGACGACUCUGUCCCAAGCGUCGUGGUAA